CCACAUAGAUUUGUUCUAGAGCGUCAAGUAAAAAACUGAGGGUUAGUACGUUUCAUAUGGACGAUACCACACUUAUAUAUCCUUGCUGGCUUGAGAACAUAGCUACUCAAGCAACAUAACAAAUGAGAGAUUGAUCUGUCCAAAUGAAUCUAUUUAGCCUCCCCUAAACUACAUAGCAUACGCUCUAGGAAUAUUUGAAGUGACAGCCGCUGAUAGAUCGCACCUUUUUUUUGUUUGGAAUUGGUCAAGCACUCUUUUACCUUGAAAGGAGAGCUAGGGAAGUCGUAUUGAUUGCUGAUUUUCUCGGGACGCCUGGAAUAGCAGAAAAAUUUGUCUUGAUUGGAAGUUGUAAUUCAUCGAGUGGCGCUGGAGCAACAAUGGCUGGACUGUUAACCCGCAUGACUGAAUGGCUGAUCCGGGCAAUGGUCCUUUCGAGCUUUGUUGCUCAUGUGGUUCUCUUCCUCUUCGCCGAUAUCCGUCGGCAUAGGGCCUUCGACUGGCGGACGCUCCUCCUCUGGUUGGCGUACCAGAUGUCUGAUUCCAUUGUGAACUACGCCCUGAGCCACCUGUCGCUUGGCAGCACCUCACACGAGCAGCAGCUCAUCGCGUUCUGGGCCGCGUUGCUGCUGCUGUAUCUGGGUGGCACGGACAACAUCACCGCAUAUUCUCUGGAAGACAGCAAGCUCUGGAAGCGCAAAGCGCUGGAUGUCUUCUUCAAGGUCGGGGGAUCCAUCUAUGUCCUAUACAAGCACGUAUACAUCGGCGGUGGAGGGACCUUGAUCCCAGCAUCGGCCAUCAUGUUCGCCGUCGGUAUUGCCAAGUAUGUAGAGAAGGUGUUGGCGCUUCGGGGAGGCGACUUGAGCAGCAUCCAGAGUACAAGAAAGAGGCAGCCGGGUGCAACAAGAAGACAGAAGCUGAAUGAUGAGCAAGCCUUGCUUGUUGCUCACGACCUGUUUGACAUCUGCAAGGGCGCAUUCGCCGAUUUUUGGGUCGUCAAUGAUGCGCGUGAACCCAGCAGAACAAUAUUCUCUUCGGAGUCUCUGACUCUGAAGGACAAGUGCAAGGUGGUCGAGAUGGAGCUCUCUCUAAUGUACGACACACUGUACACCAAGGCAAGCGUCAUCUACACCUGGCGUGGUUAUGGCGUCCGGGUCGCCUCGCCUGUCGCCACUGCAGCCGCCAUCUUGCUGUUCUGGUUGUACAGUAAAGAUGGCCACAGGUUAGCAGAUGUCGUUAUCACCUACAUCUUGCUGGUUUUCACCUUCCUCCUGGAUGUCAGAUGGCUGCUGGGAGCACUAGCUUCGACUUGGACGUAUGCAUUCCUGACAGACAGACCAGGGCCGCUUCACCAUAAACUGGUGUGCUCUGGGAGGUGGCAAAGGCUCCGUCGCGCCGUCAUGCCUAUGGAUCCGCGCUGGCUGCUGCUUUACAGGUUGCCAAGUAGUAGCUACAGACGGUGGUCGGGCACCAUUGGGCAGUACAACUUGUUGCGCGAGUGCACCCAUGGUAACACGCGGAGUGGAUUCUUCAGCAGACAGUUGAAGAAGUUUGCCUCGGAUGAUAUUUGGAAGGAAUACCAGUACUCGAGGGGCUUUGAGGUUCCAGAACAGGAGUUGGUGUUCGAACGGGUAUGGGAGCUACUAAUGACACCAUCCCGGAAGGAGAAGGAAGAGGAGGAGAAAAAGAAGGAGGCGAAGCCCGAAGCACUUGUUCUCGGUCAUGAGGAUCGUAGGUUGUUAGACCACGCUCUGGAUUUCGGUCCUGAAUUACAAGAGCUCGUCCUUAUCUGGCACAUUGCCACGGACGUCUUCUUCUUGCACAUCGAUGAAGAGGCAGCAUCGUCCCCAGAUGGGAAGGUGAUCAAGACGCUGUCAGACUACAUGGUGUUCCUCGUCGCUGUACGCCAAGAAAUGCUACCUGGGCUGAAGCUCCACAGCCUUUACACAGAAACCCGCGUUGCUUUGGAAACAAUAUGGAAGGUUAAUGCCAAGAAAUCUUCCAGCUGCAGGCCGAGAACAAGUCCCAGAGGUAGAGCAAGAGAAAAGAAGCUUGCCAGCGCCCUACAAUGCAUGGAGGGCAAGCUAGUUGAUUCUAACAAAAGUUGUCUUUACAAAAAAAGUAUUAUUCUCUCAGAUGGAACUUACUGCGCAGAGUUGCUGCUAGGACGCCUAGAACCUUCGGAUUGGAAGACAAAUCCGACGAAGGAAAAAUCCUUGAAACUACUUCAGUUUUUCUUCUCGGGGCCGUGGUGGGAGGAGUACUGGAAGCAUGUUGAACUACAGUCGAAUAUGCCACGACUGUUGAAAUUCAUAUUAAAGGUUUGGGUUCGCAUGCUCAUCUUUGGAUCCGUCCGAUGCAGCAGGGAUUCCCAUGCCAGGCAGCUUAGCCGCGGUGGUGAUCUCACAACCAUCGUUUGGAUGCUAGCAGUACACGCUGGACAUUGUCGAACCGACAGGAAUGCUUAG